AUGAGCUCGCUUAGGGAACCUCUCGGUCUACUGAAGGCGCUGCUGGCCCGCAUUCCUCUGAUCAUUAAGACAAUCCUCCUGCAUGGCAUUCAAAUGUCCCCCGCCAAGGGGAAACAAGAUAUGCGCACCGAAUUGACCGUCGCCAUUAUUCGCUCAUUCAUGGCAACAAAAGCUCCACUCGGCAAAACUCAGAGACAAGGCAUACGCGACCCCGGAGUCAAGGGCCCGAUGUGGGUGUCCAAAGUGACCCUCCCGCAGCCCGAGAUCGACGUGCGCGAUGCAGUACUACGCGCCAUCGAAGAUCUCAAGACCGGCGAUGAAACAUACGAUGUACCCACGACGAUCGCCGUUGAAGCCGAAUGGACCGGUUACCGCGCCGGGGUUGGAAAGAACACACCGGAGCCCGAUCUCUCGGAAGAGGAGAAAUACCACAAGCUGCGCGAGGAAUCGCCGUCUGAUAUGACGAUUCUGUAUUUCCACGGCGGUGCCUAUUUCCGCACUCGUCGACGCCUUGACAGCAUACCUAUCCCUCCUCCCCCCCCUCCAAGCUCCCUACACAAACCCAUACCAGCGAAUAAGAUCGUAUUCGCAGGCGAUUCCGCCGGCGGCAACCUCUCACUGGUCCUCCUACAAACACUCCUAACCCUUGACCGCACAUCCCACACAAUCCGCUUCCACGGCAAAGAUGUGCCCAUCGAGCUGCCCGCAGGCGUUGCAACCACCUCCCCAUGGUGCGACGUGACGCGCUCCAUGCCAUCUACCAGCGGCAAUGCAUACCUUGAUUACCUCGAGGCACCGGCUGUCCCAUCCAACGAUCCAGAGGUCAGGACCCCGUUCACCCCGCUCCCUUUCACACCAGACGAUAUCUGGCCCACGUCCCCACCUCGCGCGGACGUCUACUGCAACGCUAGCAUGCUCAGCCAUCCAUUGGUCUCUCCGCUCGCUGCCCCCGUUAGUCUUUGGAAGAACGCACCGCCUAUCUGGAUUUCGACUGGCGAGGAGGGCCUCACAGACGAAGGUCUUAUUCUAGCGCGCCGCGUCUACCAAGCCGGUGUGCCCCUUGUCGCGGAGAUGUUUGAGGGCAUGCCGCACUGCCACGGUCUACUUAUGAUGGGCAGGCCGACCAGUCGUCGUUUCUUCGAGAGCUUUGCUGGAUUUUGUCGUGAUGCUGUUGCUGGUCGGGUCACGUCGACCGGGAACCUCACCUGGCUGGGCUUCAAGUUGCAGUUGACAAAAGAGAUUCCGAUAGAAAAGGCCUGUGAAACCAGUGAUGAGGAGGUCGAGGCUCUCAUGCAGAGAAUGUCUGCUUGGAAGCAGGAGGGAGAGAUCGAAUUGCAGAAGCAGUGGCGUGCGACAGCGCGGUUGUGA